AUGGCCCUGUGCCUCAGGGAGGUGGCCAUGCUGCGGGAGAGAAGAGAGUUUAGACAGAUUCCAGGUUACCAGGAGCACCUCAUGGCCUCAGUUGUCACCACAGAUAAGGUGAUGGCAGGUGUCCUCCUGCAGGAGAACCUCCAGCUCUAUGGGGUGGCUGCAUUCCGCGCCUUCUUGAAGACAGAGUUCAGCGAGGAGAACCUGGAAUUCUGGCUGGCGUGUGAGGAGUUCAAGAAGACCAGGUCAACUGCAAAGCUGGUCUCCAAGGCCCAUAGGAUCUUUGAAGAGUUUGUGGAUGUGCAGGCUCCGAGGGAGGUAAACAUAGACUUCCAGACCCGAGAAGCCACGAGGAAGAACAUGCAGGAGCCAUCCCUGACUUGCUUUGACCAAGCCCAGGGAAAAGUACACAGCCUCAUGGAGAAAGACUCUUAUCCCAGGUUCCUGAGGUCCAAAAUGUACUUAGAUUUGCUGUCCCAAAGCCAGAGGAGGCUCAGUUAGACCUCAGAUGGGGACUCUUGGAGAUCACUGGCUUUUCCCCUCCCUUUGCUGCCAAGACCAUAUUCUAACGUGAAAUGUGAUAGGUGUUCAAAAAGCAAUGGCAUUUAGGUUGGGAGCCUGGGAAUGAGAAAUGGAUGAAAGGCCAUUCCAAAGUAAGAUCCAGUCACCAGA